UUAUAUGACCCCCGCUCUCAGACAUUCUCAUCGCAGAUUCUCGCCAAAAUGGAGAACAAACAACAACUUCUCGUCUUGCUACUUGUCUCUUUUCUCUUCAUCUCGUCUUCGGCCUUUCUGUCGAAUGACCAUCGCCUGAGCCGCUCCAGUUUCCCCUCCGUAAAUGCUGAGAAGAUGAUCAGGGAGCUCAACUUGUUCCCCAAGGAGGAUGUUAAUAUAAUCGACGGCCGUCGUGACUCGACGGCGUUGUUUGCUGGACCAGGGAAGAAGAUCGUUGAGAAGCGGUUCAAGUUUCCGAACCUCGCUAGUGGAGUCUCUGUUGACGACUUGGGCCACCAUGCUGGAUAUUACGAGAUUUCCCAUUCACAUGACGCUAAGAUGUUUUACUUCUUCUUUGAAUCACGCAACAGCAAGAAGGAUCCCAUUGUCAUCUGGUUGACUGGAGGGCCAGGGUGUAGUAGCGAGUUGGCUAUAUUUUAUGAAAACGGUCCCUUCUCUAUUGCAAAAAACAUGUCUCUUGUGUGGAAUGAGCAUGGUUGGGAUCAGGCAUCAAAUCUUCUGUAUGUUGACCAACCUAUUGGAACUGGGUUCAGCUACAGUUCAGAUAAACGUGACAUUCGUCACAAUGAAGAUGGAGUUAGUAACGACCUCUAUGACUUCUUACAGGCUUUCUUUGAGGAGCAUCCUGAGCUUGCAAAGAAUGACUUUUAUAUAACUGGAGAAUCAUAUGCUGGGCACUACAUUCCUGCUUUUGCUUCUCGAGUCCACCGAGGAAACAAAGCUAAGGAAGGAAUUCAUAUAAAUCUGAAGGGAUUUGCCAUUGGUAACGGGCUAACUGAUCCUGGUAUGCAAUAUAAAGCAUACCCAGAUUAUGCAUUGGAAAUGGGAAUCAUUAAAAAAUCUGAAUAUGAUCGCAUCACCAAGGUUAUCCCAGUUUGUGAAAUGGCGAUAAAGCUUUGUGGCACUGACGGUACUCUUUCAUGCCUGGCUUCAUAUUUUGUUUGCAAUACCAUAUUCAGUAGCAUUAUGGCACUUGCUGGUGAUACAAAUUACUAUGACAUUAGAAAGAAGUGCGAGGGGAGCCUUUGCUACGACUUCUCAAACAUGGAGAAAUUCCUAAACCAGAAAUCUGUCAGGGAUGCCAUUGGUGUUGGGGACUUGGACUUUGUGUCAUGUAGCCCAACAGUUUAUCAGGCUAUGCUCGUGGACUGGAUGAGGAAUCUUGAAGUUGGAAUUCCAGAACUUCUUGAGGAUGGAGUCAAAUUGCUUGUAUAUGCUGGAGAAUAUGAUCUCAUUUGCAAUUGGCUUGGUAAUUCGAGAUGGGUUCAUGCCAUGGAAUGGUCUGGUAAAAAGGACUUCGUAGGAUCUCCUGAAGUUUCUUUUACAGUUGAUGAUUCAGAAGCUGGAGUGCUGAGGACUUAUGGGCCUCUCAGCUUCCUCAAGGUCCAUGAUGCCGGUCACAUGGUUCCCAUGGAUCAACCCAAGGCUUCAUUAGAGAUGCUAAGGAGAUGGAUGCAGGGCACAAUGGUUGUAGCUCCAGGUCGUUCGGAACAAUUGGUGGCUGAGAUGUGAUUGCCUCCAAUCCUUUUUCUUAUCCUUAUCAUCUUACUUUCUAAAACAAUUAGGUCACAACUUGAAUCUACCUUUUUUGGUUUUUUUAAAUGUUUUUUUCUGGUUUCUAAGAAUGUUGUAAAUAUUGGCCUUGGGGUCUGAUAGAAUUCUGAAAACGUGAUAUUUAUGUUGAUGUUGUUAUGAAGAAUAUCACUGAAUGAAUCAAGGAUACUAUCUGUUUCUAUGAA